AUGGCCCAUCACAACACCAUUCAAUUCCAUCCUUCCUCCUUUGUCGUUUUGGGGAUUCCAGGCCUGGAAAAUUUUCAAGUCUGGAUUGGUUUCCCAUUUUGUGCUGUAUAUCUGAUUGCCCUCCUGGGGAACAUUAUAAUCCUCUUUAUAAUUCAGUCUGAGCCUAGUCUCCACCAGCCCAUGUUUUACUUCCUGGCAAUGUUGGCCUGCACUGACAUAAGCCUGUCCACUGCCACUAUCCCCAAGAUGCUGGGCAUCUUCUGGUUCAAUUUCAAGGAAAUACUUUUUGGUGCCUGCCUUGCACAGAUGUUUAUGAUUCAUCUGUGCACAGGCCUGGAGUCUGGGGUCCUGACAGUCAUGGCCAUCGACCACUAUGUUGCCGUCUGCUAUCCCCUGAGGUAUACCACGAUCCUCACCAACAAGGUGGUGGCCAUUCUAGGUGUAGUCAUGAUAGUGAGGUCUUUAAUCUUCGUUAUCCCUUUUGUGUUUCUCAUCUUGCUGUUGUCGUUCUGUGGUGCCCGUAUCAUUCCCCACACCUACUGUGAGCACAUGGGCAUUGCCCACCUUUCCUAUGCCAGUAUCAGUGCCAAUAAUUUGUUUGAAAUGGCUGCCUUUUCUGUGGGAUUCAUUGACCUUAUUGUAAUUAGUCUCUCCUAUGUGAAGGUACUCUACACAGUGUUCCAUUUACCGUCACAGAAUGCCCAAUUCAAGGCUCUCAACACCUGUGGCUCCCAUGUCUGUGUCACGUUUAUCUUCUACAUCCCAGCAUUUUUCUCUUUUCUGACCCACCGCUUUGGUCAUAGCAUCCCUGGUUAUAUUCAUAUAUUUCUGGCCAAACUCUAUGUGGUUGUUCCGCCUGCACUCAACCCUAUUAUCUAUGGGGUCAGGACAAAGCAGAUCUGGGAGCAAGUCCUAAGAAUUCUUAAUCCUAAAGAUGUUUGA